AUGGCUAAAAUCAUCAUGUGUGAACCGUUUGAGCUCUACAAUCUCCUGAACCAGCGCCACAGUGUGUCGAGGCUGGCAGAGAUCAACUACCUCUGUUUGGUUGAUGCCCGUGAAACCCAAGAUUACUACACAAGUCACAUCAUUACAGCUAAAAAUGGCAAAAUGGAUUCAGAGGGCACAUUCCUGCUGCCAGAGUGUGUGGAGGUUGACAGUAUGCAGCAUGUGGUGAUUUAUGACAGUAACACAAGCUGUUUACAGGACCAAGGCAGAGCUCUUGACUGUGCUCAGAUUCUGGCGAAGGCGAGCCUCUAUCCAGUCCAUGUAGUGAGAGGAGGAUUUCAGAAGUUCUCGGCUCUCUACCCUUUUCUAAGGACUGAGAAAAUCCUGUACACCAUCAUUGAGUUGGAGAACCUGAAGAUUUAUCCAGUGGAGAUCAUAACAGGGCUGCUGUAUAUGGGUGACCAGAAGCAAAGUAUGAACAUGAGUAUCCUCCAAGACCUGAAGAUCAGUGCCGUCAUCAGCAUCUCACAGUGUGACACUCCAGAAUCUAUAAAGGAGAACCAGACCAUCCUCAACAUCCCGGUUGCUGACAGUGUAGUGUCUGAUUUGUAUUCAAGUUUUGAAAGGAUUUGUAGUUUUAUUGGUUCACACAUCAACAUAGGCUCUCGUGUCUUGAUAGUUUCCAGGCAGGGCAGAAGCCGCUGCAGUGCUGUGGCCAUUGCUUUUCUCAUGCACCACCUCAAAUACACUUUACAGGAGGCCUGGAAGUACGUUCUCAAAUGUAAACCCUCCAUGAGGCCCAAUGCAGGGUUUCUGCAGCAGCUGUCUGACUGGGAGCUUCACACAGCAGGAACAAAGCACACUGAUAUCUCUGGACUUCAAUUUUAA